AUGUCCGAAUCAAUUGAAGAACCAAACAAAAAUCCAUUCACCACUAAUGAACAAACAUUCCCACAACAAAAUGAACAAACAUCUUUGAAAAGAACAAAUCCAAUAAAGACACUAUUCCAUAACAAUAUUUUUUUGAACGGGUUGAGAAUCCUUCAAAGCCUGUCUGUUUUAAUCACUUUAAUUUUAGCAAGUUUAUCAAUUAGAUAUUUCUUUAAAAAAGAUGAAAGAAUGGGAAUGAUUGUAUUUUUCAGUUCAAUUUCAAUUGUUUAUCAUAUAAUUCUGCUUCAAUUAACUGGAGAUAGUUUCAUUGUUUUAACUGAUAGAAUUUCUGAUCAAAAUUUGGUUUUAAUUUUAUUUUUAAUGGAGUUUUUACAAAUGACAAUUUGGUUUAUUGGGAGUUUGUUAAUUGUGCUGAGAUACCCUUUUUAUAAUUGCACCAGACAGGGAAGAUUUAAUAGAGUUGAUGGAUGUAAAUGUGGACAAGCCUCAUUGGGGUUCAUAAUUUUCAAUUUUAUUUUAUAUUUGAUUGGGUUCAUUGUUUUGUUGUCCAACAUUAGAAGAACAGAUAUUUCAAAGAUUAGAGCUUCUAAGAAUCAUUUUCUUGAUUUUGAGUUGAAAGAGUUUGAAGGGGAAAUUGGUCAAGAGUAA